CAGUUAGUAUCUAUGUCGCGCAGUAGUACCUAUAUCGCUUUCGCGUGUUCUACUCUAUUUUCUACGACAUAUCUCGAUAUCUCGAAAAAACUCUCGAAUUAUCCGUUUCCUUUUACUGUUUAUUGAAUUAUUCUUCGAAAUGAAAUUGAUCGGGCUUAUGUAUUUGCUGCCGUUUUGUAGUCAUCUUAGUGCGGCCCCGAUAAAUGUGACCUCUGAGAUAAGUGUGCUCAUUAGGAGAAUAAUAUGGACUAAUUGGAAUGAGUCGAAAAUCGAAUUUAAUACUGAUUCUAUCCUCGAUACGCCGGAGAUGAUCAGAAAAGCGGGUUAUCCCGCGGAAUCUCACGUUGUAAUGACGGAGGAUGGCUAUCUCUUGACGUUACAUCGUAUCCCAGGUGGCAAUGAUUCUUUACCCGUGCUGGUGCAGCAUGGUCUUUUCUGCAGCUCCGCUGACUGGGUUGUUCUUGGCAAAGGCAAAGCAUUCGCUUACUUAUUAGCGGAUCAGGGAUACGAUGUUUGGUUGGGUAAUUUUCGAGGUAAUACAUACUCGAAGGCGCAUAUUUUCCUGUCUCCUUUGAAUACGACAUUUUGGAAUUUCAGCUUUCAUGAAAUGGGCAUCUAUGAUUUACCCGCGAUGAUUACAUUUAUCACCAAUAUGAGAUCCCAACCAUUGCACACAUAUAUUGGUCAUUCUAUGGGCACAACUAGUUUUUUUAUAAUGGCAUCAGAACGUCCGAAAAUCGCUCAAAUGGUGCAAAUGAUGGUCGGUCUGGCGCCAGCCGUCUUUCUAAAUCACAUGCAGAGUCCAAUACAAUACUUGAUCCCAUUUAGUAGUGUGCUUAAGACAGUAAUGCGAUUGUUCUUCCACGAUGAAUUCCUUCAAAGCGACUUGGUGAAAUUUCUCGCGGAAAACAUCUGCGACCAGAAUAUUAGUCUUGAAGAGAUCUGCUCCAAUUUUCUGUUUAUGAUCUAUGGUGAUGAUCACGAGCAGUUUAGCUACUCCCUGCUGCCUGUCAUUCUGAGUCACACCCCGGCCGGCACCUCGGCUAAAACGCUACUUCAUUACGCCCAAAUAUUUGAAUCGGCCAAGUUUCGCAAAUACGAUUAUGGUCGCGUGAAAAAUCUGUUGAUCUAUAAUUCUACAGAACCACCGAAUUAUGAUUUAUCGAAUAUUGCAGUACCAGUCGCGUUGUUUUACGCCGAUAAUGACUGGAUAAUCAGCACAGAGGAUGUGAAAAGAUUAUACCAUUCACUGCCAAAUGUAGUGGAUAUGUACGGAGUGCCGUGGUCCAAAUUCAAUCAUGCGGAUUUUAUGUGGGCUAAAGAUGCGUCAAAACUCGUAUACGACAGGAUUCUCAAGAUCAUGAGAAGAGAAAAUCCAAACAACGUUACAUCAGUGGAAUAAUAUUGUCAGCAAUCAAAAUUAAAGAUAAAUGUUGCACGCUAGAUCUUCGGUAAUAUUGAUGAUUCUAAUCGUUCAUUUAACGUAAACUUCUAAUAUCUUAAUAUUAUUUACAAUAUCCAAAAAUGUUUAUUAAGCGUUUAAAGAUUCGGGAGCAACAUUGUUUUUAUAACUUACAGAUGGGACAACUAAUUUAAAAACAUCUAAUUUUUAGUUAUUUUUUAUCUGUCUUGUCUUAUAUAUGAUUAUUAGACCAAUGUUGUGGUUUCUUUAGAUAUUCAAUGUUAUAUUCAUUCUCGUGUUGGAGUCAUUUAAUUUUAUUAUUGCGAUUACGGUGUACAUUUUCCAAAUUAUGCGACACAUAAUAUGAUGCAUAAUC